ACAGUCACCGUUCAAGAUGGGGGAUUCUGACAUUUAACGAGGAAUUAACUUUUUAAACUAAGUUUUAUUUACAAAGAAAGUCCCUUCAAGCAAAAUUGCUCUUUUUGAAUGAAGACAUCGAAAUGUGACCUUUCAUUUCUCUCAACUUGAACCCUUUUUAUUCUUUGAUGUAUGAAUAGGAGAUAGAUAAACAGUGAAAAGGGGAGUUUCCUAAUUGAAAUUUUAAUGUCAACAAAUUAUUUACGUGAUAAUUAUGCAAUCAUGUGACAAUUGUGUAAACUAUAGAAAGUUCUUUUCAUAUGACUGUUUGUGUUGUCAAUUUGUACUUGUCUAAAGAAAGCAACGAAAAUGCAUUUCUCUAUACCAGAUACCCAGGAAGUAACCGAUGGUUCUGGAUCAACAUACACAAGUUUUAACAUCCACAUUAAUGGCGUGUUUCAUUGCACAGCAAGGUUUAGUUUGCUGUACAGUUUUCAUGAUCAGUUAAAGAAAGAGUUUGGAGCCAAUUCCCUGCCACCAUUCCCACCAAAAAAAGUUGUUUCCCAAAAGCUUUGGGCCAAAAAAUGGAAUUUAAAGAGGUAUUAUUUUCUUGUAUUUUCAGUGAGUCAAGAGGCAGCAAUUGCCAAUAGUGAUGUGUUCAAUAGCUUUUUGUUAACAGCGCAACAGGAGACGCAGAAAGAACAGCCAGAGAAUGUGAGUCUAGAUAUUUACUUAAUGAAUGGUCACAAGAUAUCAGUGAAUAUCAUCUCCACAGACCAGACAGAAGACGUGCUAGAGACUGUCGCCUCCCAGAUAGAUUUACCGGAUGAUUUUGUGUAUUAUUUUGGUCUAUACUUGGUAAAGAAGGAGGGGGAGGCCGAGACUUCUAUUGUGAGAAAGCUUCAAGAUUUUGAGUCCCCAUCAAUAUCAUUAAAGUCAGCCAAUGUUAAAGGUGUUCAUAGAAUAGUCCUCAGGAAAAGUUACUGGGAUGCUUCGUUUGAUGAUGAAUUACUUGCCAAUAAAGUUGCCAUGAAUCUGCUGUAUGUUCAGGCUGUCAGUGAUAUUGAGAGACAAUGGGUGCUAGUAACAAAGGAUCAGAAAGAGCAUCUCAAAUCAUUACAACAAAAAGGAUCAAAACGAGAGUUUCUAAGAUUAGCAAGAACAUUAAAGCAUUAUGGGUAUAUUCAGUUUCAUUCAUGUACAGUGGAUUAUCCCCAGCCUCAUACACGGGUGAUCAUUGCUGCUGGUAACAAAGAAUUAAACUUCAGAAUAUUUGUGAAACCGGAUUCAUUAAAAGAAGCUGUGUUCAAAAUAACAAGAAUAAGAUGCUGGAGAAUAACUACGACAGUAGAUGACAACAGCGACAACCCAGAUUCCUCAAUGUUAGAACUUUCUUUUGAAUAUUUGAUUGCCAAAGAUACGUUACAGUGGGUUACCAUACAGUCUGAACAAGCAAUAUUGAUGAGCAUGUGUCUGCAAGGAAUGGUUGAAGAAUUGAUCAUGAAGAAACAAGGGAAAAAAAUAAAAAAGCCAUCUGAUAGAGUAAGAAGAGGGAAGAAAAGCUUUGCACGAGAAAAUAGUAUCCCGUCAGGUUUGGUGCAGUCGCCCAGUUCUGAGAAAGAAGAAAAAACCCACCUACCUGUCACAACAAGGCACUUGAAUAAAACUGUGUCUAAAAUGCAAGAUCUGAAAUUAGGGAAGGGACGAGGUGCACAGAAUGGAGACUCUGUUACAAAUACUGCUUUUGAAGAUGCCAUAGGAGAUGAUGACCUCUAGUCAAUGUCAAGGUCAUUUAUAAAUGGUCAAGGUCAUCUAUGAAUUGUCAAGGUCAUUUAUGAAUGGUCAAGGUCAUUUAUGAAUGGUCAAGGUCAUUUGUCAAUGGUCAAGGUCAUUAAUGAAAGGUCAUUUAUAAAUGGUCAAGGUCAUUUAUGAAUUGUCAAGGUCAUUUAUAAAUGGUCAAGGUCAUUAAUGAAUUGUCAAGGUCAUUUAUGAAUGGUCAAGAUCAUUUAUGAAUGGUUGAAUGGUCAAUGUCAUUUAUGAAUUGUCAAGGUCAUUUAUGAAUGGUCAAGGUCAUUUAUGAAUGGUCAAGGUCAUUUGUAAAAUUGUUUGUAUGGAAUAAAAAAUAACAACAGAAAAAUAAUUUGGAUUGCAUUGUUUUGGUAUUAAAUGACUUUAUGAAUUUUACUUGUUUUGUAUCAAAUUGAAAUGAU